AGGCAAUAUAUUAUUAUACAUAAUUAUAUAAUAAGUUAAAACAUUUUUUAUUUAAGUAAACUUCCGGUUUCGUAGACAGCGCUGUAGCAUUUGUAACACAUCCAAGUGCUUUAAUGGUGGUUUUACCCUGUUUGGACCUCUGCCUUCAUAAGAUAUCCCGGAGCGUCGGUCCAGUGACGCACCGUCCUACGCCGCCCCGCUGUGGACGCGCCUGCGCACGACACUAAGCUGCCAUGGCAACCGGGGUAGCUUGUUUCCGUGAUUUAGUCCGAAGAGAGAAGCGGAGCCGGUCGUUAGCAGCAUGUUGGUCAGGCUAGUUAGCUAGUUAUAGCACAUUAACCGACUAGUUAACGAGUUAACCUGUCGCGUGAUGACAGAGGGGUGACUUCUCGCGGUGUCUGGAGAGCAGCAAGCGCGCCAUGACCGUCCGAUUCAAGAGUCAGACUGAGUAUCAGAAGAGCUUUGGUGUUUCCCGCUCCAGAAAUGCGUCUCCUCAGCGCUGCAUGCCGUUGGCCGGUCUUCGCUCCGAUGAGAUGGGUGUCAGCAGGGAGCCGGGUCUUCAGCGCCUGAGGAGGCCUCUAGGCCCAGCUCAGUCCUCCACCUCUCUGCUCCAUCCUCCAGGUGAUGAGCAGCAGCACUCUCUGGCUCACAGAGCAGCGCCCUCUGCUGGUUUUAGGAGCCACUCAGCCCACAGGAGGAUGCUCUCCCCAGAGCCCAAUCCACCAACAGCAAAUCCCGGAUCCCCCACAGAGCCGGAAACUCCAGCCGGACCACGACCUGCUGAGGAACCGGCAGCUGAUGGAAAACCUGUGAAGCCCCGUCCCCUGCAGCCUGACAGCCAACCACAGCCCAGCCAGUCUGUGACAGCAGCAGCUAACGGGCAGCCAGCGCCAUCAGGGGCUGAGAUUGAUUAUGCGCUGAGACAAAAGGCGGGGCUGAGAUUAGGAGGUCAAAGGUCAGGAGGGAAACACUCAGAGUAUCACAGACAAUUUGGAUGGAAGAAGCCAACAGCCGCUGCUGCUUCGCCCAUACUGACUGCAGAGCAGGUGCUGCACUCCAGCAGCCGGUCUGUCCCGCCCUUCAAGAUAAACCCUGUCUCCAUGAAAACAGAGUAUCAGUGCAGCUUCCAGGGUCUGGUGCCACCUGCUGGCCCCCGGCUUCGGAAACACCUGGAGGGUCAGAGAGUCCCGCUCUUCCAAACAUACAAGACCACCAGGAGGAGGAAGGAGGAGUCACAGAAGAAGCCCCGCCUCCAGCGGGAUGCUCUUCAGAGAGAUAUGCCCCCUCCGCGCCAAGUGCGGAGAGGAUACAGGAUGUUAACAGAGUAUGAGUCGAGCUUUCGUUCUCCCCUCUGCAGGAUCCCAGAGGGAGGCGGAGCCAUGGACAGCGCUGCCCAACAGGUGAAGGAGUUGAGGCAGAAGGCGUUGUUGUAUCGUCAUCGCGCCUGGGGGACCAGCUUUUCCAGAGACCAUCUGAGCCAGCUGGUAUCCGAACACAAUGUUCUGUGGGAGCCGACGGACACUACGGUCUCAGCUAAUGACCCUGCCUCCCCUUGCUUUCCCCCCGACUCCUCACCUGACCGCCACAGCUACAGCACUUCCUGUGUGGAGCCCCUGGACCUGGCUAGUCACUCCAGUAAGAGAUCCUCCAUCGCAGGCUCAGAAACACAGCAAAUGAGCAAGGACACACGAAUAAAAAAACAAGCCGUACCGGGACCUCCUGCUGAACGCCGUACAGCCUGGGGGGAAGAAGAAAAAGAAGAUGAAGAAGAAGAGGAAAAACAGGAAGAAGAAGAAACUACAGAUGAAGAGGAAGGAAGGCUGCCAACUCCCGAGAUAAAAAUGAAGCCGGUUCAGAGGACUCAUCACGACCUGACCACCCCUGCUGCUGGAGGCGCUAUAUUGGUUGGGAAACUGAGGAGCACUGAUGGCUCUUCUCCACUCAAACAUCAGAGAUGUGGGUCGGCUGUUUCCAUGGCAGCAGGGUCAGAAACACCAGCCAAACGUAAGGAAGCGUGGUCAGACAAUAUCGCUGUCUCCUAUAGCCCAGCCCAUGACCACAAAUCAGCCUCCAGCCCUUCGUUUAGACCAAUCAGGAUGAAGCAAACACUUUCACCUGCUGCAGCGCCACCGCCUCUUGUCCCGGCCCCGCUGCAUGGUUUCCAGGGCACCCUGAGACACCCGGACUUUCAGCACAACGGUGAGCUGGGGUUGAGGUUCAGGGAGCGUCCGUGUCCGGGCGGAGGCUGUGGCUCAGACGAAGACGACAGGGUCUCUGUGCUGUCAUGGCGCUCUGGAGCCUCCUGCUCCAUGGCGUCUGCCGUUCUGGAGCGCGCUCAGAAGAGACGGGAGGACUUCUGGGGGAAGAGAUGACCCAGCAUGUUUUUUAAUGUAGUCAGGAUGAGGUUUUUAUAGAUUAAUUUAAAUAAGAGCGAUAAUCGUGUGUUUUAUUGAUUUUACUGUAAUCCUUUGACCUUUGAGAGAAAUACAAAUGAAAAUGAUAAUACACUGACUCAAUUUUGUUUCCUUUUACUCGACUUUCCUUAAAACUCCAGGACUUUAAAACCUUUGAAAAAAUGUAGACAUGUUGGUGUGAAACAGGCAUGAAUUCUUCCUCAGGUUUUGAGGGAAUGAGGUCAGACCGGUCAGUCGGACAAAAGUUUCCACCAAAGUCGUGACAGUGACACACUUUGAAGGGACACACAGCGACAGCUUAUUUUAGUUCCUUAUGAACACAACCGUACAUAGAUUCAAUAUAAUUGAGUUCAAUUUUAUUUACAUAGCGCCAAAUCACAAACAAAAGUUGUGCUUUUUAUUUUAAGGUAAAAACCUACAAUAACACAGAGAAUUUUAUUUUUUUGUUUCAUGUUUUGUUACUAAUAAUAAAGCUAAAAACAUGAAGUUUCUUUUGAGGUUGGCAUGAAAAAGGUUCCUAUGAAUCAAUCAUGUUGCUUUGUUUCCUACAGGUCAAAUGUCUGAUUUUGUAUUAGUCACUUUCAUUAAACCAGGAAAGAACAGAAAAAUUCCUGAAAACCUUUUUUUUUCCACACCUAGUGUCUCUUCUUUAAUGGUCUGUUCCUCUGUAAGCAUUGAGGUGAUGUCACCCUGGGAGGAAAAGCAAAUAUUUAAAUCACUUCCUUCAGUCAGAGAGGAUACAAUACCGAGCAGCUUGCUUUGUACAAACACAAUGGAUAUACCAAAACAUCAAACAAGCGAAUAGCAGCUACUGAAUUCCCCUCAUAACAAUGUACAGCACAGAGCAAACAAUGUAAAGCUGAAGGAGCGUGUGGGCGUUAGCUCUCCUGCGAUGUCAUCAUACUUUGUGAAAGUCCUGCACAGAGGAAAAAUAACCUGCAUGGUGGGUAAUUUUUCCUCUAGAUCAGAUUAGAGCAUUUUUCCCUUUUUACUCAUUGGGUCACUGGGUAAGAUUUAAAUAAAAAGUGAUCCAAUAAAAAAA